CGCCGCGAGAAUGUAGCAUAGCAGAGAGAAACUCGCCUACGAAAUGCCUCGCGCUGUGGUUAGUCGGCAGAAGAGCGAGCGAGGCUAAUCGUACAACCCCGCUCACGAUUCCCGUUUGAAUGAGAUUCUUACUUUCUGCACAACAUGCCAGUUUACGUGUAAACAUUGCUGACGACUGUGGCAGGAAACCUAUGUAUCCCGUAAUAUGGAGCGUUGGGCAGUGCCUGCCACGCCGGAUUCUGAGGACGGAAGAUUGUCGACUCCUGGAUUACCCGAGGACUAUGUAUAUGAGGAAUUGCUAACGAGAACUAGUUGGUGCAAUGCAGACUAUGCGUAUAAACAAGUGGAUCGGGGCAAGGCACAUGGAAACAAGGCGGCAUUGUGGCUUCGAAGCAAGCUGCAGGCGUUCUUAUUCACAUUGGGAUGUUAUCUACAACUCCACUGCGGCAAGGCGUUAUUUCUUGGACUCGUUAUAUUGGGCGCAUUUGCCGUUGGACUAAAACUUACCAAGAUUGAAACGAACGUGGAAAAACUUUGGGUGCAAGUUGGUGGUAGGUUAGAGCAGGAGCUGGAGUAUACAGAAGCAACGCUGGGGACAGGCUGGGGUGCAACAAGCCAAAUAAUUGUGCAAACGCCAAAGAAUAGCGGGGAGAACAUCCUCACACAAUCAGCCUUACUGCAGCAUGUCAGGUCGGCCGUUCUUGCAACUCAAGUUGAAGUCGACAUGUACGGAGUUACAUGGAGCUUUAAAGAUGUAUGUUUCAUUACAGAGUAUCCUAGCUUUGAAGACCAUUUAAUAGAUAGUAUUAUAGAAAACAUUAUUCCUUGUACAAUAAUCACACCAUUAGACUGCUUCUGGGAAGGAGCCAAAUUACUUGGGCCUGAGAGGCCUAUUCAGAUACCACAUUAUAACAAAACUCUGAGAUGGACCACUUUGGACCCUCUUGGAUUACUAAAACUUUUUGAGGGCUAUGAAGAGUAUUUCUCACCAGAAGCCUUUGAAGAUAUUAUUAAUAGAACGGGUAUUGGGCAUGCCUAUCAAGUUAAACCUUGUCUAAAUCCUUUAGAUCAAGAAUGUCCUGACAUGGCACCCAACAAAUUAUCGGGAGAGAUCCCAAAUAUUGCAGCUCAAUUAACAGGGGGUUGUGCAGGGUUUGCCAGCCGCUACAUGCAGUGGCCAGAGGAACUCUUACUAGGAGGAGUCUCCAAAAACCAGAGCGGUACAGUAGAGAGUGCCGAAGCUUUACAGACUAUCAUCCAGCUCAGGGGGGAGAAAGACAUGUAUGAGGCAUGGAAGAACAACAUCAAGGUCAGUGAGGUCAAAUGGACAGAGGAGAAAGCAAAAGCAAUUCUCAAUGAGUGGCAGAGAAAAUUUACAAAUAUUGUGAGAAAUAGCUCAAUAUCCAACACAACUCAGGACAUCAAUGCUCUCUCAUCUGCAUCUCUGGAAGAUCUCCUCCAAGACUUCUCACGGACAAGUGUUGUUCGGGUUGCCAUGGGUUACGCUAUCAUGACAAUGUACGCCACACUAACCAUGAUGAAGCUCUACGAUGGUGUACGGUCCCAAGGUGGGCUAGGUCUUUUUGGAGUUCUGCUUGUAGCAGGCUCAGUAGCGGCAGGACUAGGGUUUUGCGCUCUUAUUGGCAUUAUAUUCAAUGCAUCUACAACUCAGGUUUUACCAUUUUUAGCUCUAGGAGUAGGAGUGGACGAUAUGUUCCUCCUGGCACACACAUCUACCUCAUUACCCUCAGAAAUUCCACUUCGGCAAAAAACUGGUGAGAUCCUGCGCCGAGCAGGAGUUAGCGUCAUCCUGACGUCAGUCAAUAAUAUCUGUGCCUUCUUGGCAGCCGCCAUCAUUCCAAUCCCAGCACUCAGAUCACUUGCCUUCCAACUUGUCAUAGUAUUGACCUUUAACCUCCUGGUCAUGCUUCUAGUCUUCCCAGCAAUCCUUGCCCUGGAUGUAGAAAGGAGAGAAGAGAAGAAGAUAGAUCUCCUUUGCUGUGUCCAAAGUCAACAAGCACACAGAGUGAUCGGUGUGCAGCCUCGUCCCCUCUGCGGUGGUUCUGACCCCUACAGGGAGUCACCCCUCACUAAUCACUACCCUAGGAAUCAUCCUAGACGUAUUACCCCAAACAGGACCACAGACGUCACCCUCCAUUCCACAGUCCAGACCAUCACGCACGCACCAAAUGAUGGAUACAGUGGCCAGUGCGUCACGGAGGUUAUACCCUCGGCCUCCACUACCACUGAAAGGACCACGCCCCUUCCUCCUUAUGACUCGGCCCCACCCAGCACAGCAGCUUCGGUAGCAUCAAUGAGAACGUUGCUCAAGAUGGAGAAGACCUCAUGCAGAGACUGUCUAAAGAAGCUACGGUUCUGGAGGUGGAAUUUUUCAGAGUUUGCACGAGAUUGCUACGCCCCUUUCCUUCAGAAAACGUUUGUCAAGAUCAGCGUGCUUGUCCUCUUCACUUGUCUCCUCGGUGCCAGCAUCUAUGGUGUCCUCAUCAUGGAAGAUGGCUUAGAGAUCACUGACGUGGUACCCCGCGGCACAAGGGAGGAAGAGUUCCUUACCAUACAGAGCCGAUACUUCAGCUUCUAUAACAUGUAUGCGGUGACGCAGGAGGACUUUGACUAUACCUCCCGGCAGAAGCAGUUACAUGCCUUUCACGGUGCCUUCUCGGCCAUUCCAGAGAUCAUCAGGGAAGCAGAUGGUAGUCUGCCAACCUUUUGGCUUCAGACUUUCAGGGACUGGCUCCUAGAAAUGCAAGAAGCGUUUGACUUGGAGAAGCACAGGUACAGCAUCAAGACAGACAGGUGGUAUCCCAAUGCAACCGACAAGGGUGUGAUUGCAUACAAGAUGAUCCUCCAGACAGGUAUUCCUGAAUCUCCUGCAGAUAUCAACAGGUAUUAUACUGGCAGGCUGGUUGAUGAGAAUGGUGUCAUCUAUGCAAAUGGUUUCUACAACUACCUGACAGUGUGGUACAACUAUGAUGCCAUCUCCUACACUGCAUCCUAUGGCAACCUCCACCCAGCCCCACCCUCCUGGACACCAGUCGGCAAGGCUGAUCUCGAUGUCACAAUCCCAAAGGCCAAUCCUCUCAACUACACCCAGCUUCCCUUCUACCUCAACAACCUCAACACAACUCAGAAAGUGGUCAAGGUCAUCAAGGCUGUACGCAACAUCUCAGACUACUACAAGACCGAGGGUCUGCCAAACUACCCCCUCGGUGUCCCCUUCACCUUCUGGGAGCAGUACAUCCACCUACGCUUCUACCUGGCACUCUCCCUCGUCAGCCUCUUGGGGGCAUCGUUCAUCAUCAUUACCCUCAUGCUGGUCAACCCAUGGGCUUCACUCAUCUUGAUAUUUGUUCUUGGGAUGAUCACAGUCGAGUUGUUUGGUUUCAUGGGACUGAUAGGCCUGAAGCUUAGUGCAAUACCAGCCGCUACACUUAUUGUAUCAGUGGGCAUCGGCGUCGAGUUCACCCUUCAUACUUGCUAUGCCUUUUUGACAUCCAUCGGCAACCGCGAAAGGAGGGUCACAUUUGCCUUGGAACAUACUUUCUCUCCAGUGCUAGAUGGCGCUGUUUCAACCCUUCUUGGUGUUGUUAUGCUGGCUGGAGCAGAGUUUGACUUCAUUGUUAGUUACUUCUUUUAUGUCUUCCUGGCUCUGAUCAUCCUUGGAGUCUUGAAUGGCUUAGUCUUGUUACCAGUCCUUUUAUCAUUAUUUGGACCGCCUGGUGAGGUGCGACCUGUGGCUAAUGCGAACAGACUGCCCACCCCCAGCCCUCCUGCCACCCCUCCCGCUGAGCGGGCUACUAGGAUGAGACACUGUGGAUGGGACAGUGAGCCUCCUGCAGGGUCAUACCCCUCAGGAGAACACAUAGAGAUUCAUCCUCCAGAGGUUGUGGUACAAACUAGUGUUCAUCAUCCGCAUCUUGUUAGUGAGAUGAUUCAUCAAACGAGAGGACAUUCAAACUCACCCAAGACACAGAAGACGCGACCUCAAAGGACAUCGUCUAAGUACCCCCACCGACAGCAUCACCAGCACCGUCAGUCCCACCCUCAUCAUCAGUACCCCCACCACCAUCACCAACACCCCCACUUUGCCCAUCAGUCGUUCCCCUUCAACAACAACUCUUCCUCCUCAUCAUCCUCAUCAUUAUCGGACUCGCCCCAUAUUGGGAGGCACGUCACCACAGUUACUGCAACCGCCAGGGUGUCUAUCGUCCACGGCGCCGCCUGCACGGUGCUGGCUGAUGACCCCAGGUACCAGAAGAGGAGGAGGAGGCGGGGUGAGGAUGCAGUUGCCCGGGAGACCAAGGACGGAGAUGUGAAGUUGGAAUGCAUAGAGGCUGAAGAGGAAGAGCAGAGGAUGAAGGAGAUGGAGAUAGAGGAGGAUGCUGGUAGUGAUACACAUCGGGACUCAACAGUGUAGCAUGGACUUGGAGCAUUAGAAACUCUUCCAAGCCAUUGUUGCAUGAGAAUGCAAUUGAUUCAAGCAGCUGUCUUCCUUGUUUCUGUUUGGCGGAUGGAUGGAUGCCACGUCCCUGUCGUCUGUCUUUAACUACCAGGUGGUGGGUUCAUGGACUUGACUAUCAUUCAAAACAUUUGUAACUAGCUCUUCAAAUAUAUCUUUUACAAACGGGAGAGAAAAAAGGACUUGAGACUUGUACUUGUGGUGCUAACCUUUUACUCAAAAGGAAUCAAAACAUGACUAAAAUGUAAUGUAAUCAAAGAUAUAGACAAAGGCCUGUAAAGAGUUAUCUAUUAUUUAUUUAUAUAUGGUAUUGGAGUGUUCACAGAAACAACGCGAAUCAGUUGUAUGAUUCAUAUAGCUUUUGUAUUCAUUGUUGCACUCAUCAUUUUCUUGUCUUAUUUUAUAUGUAUAAAAGAUGUUUUAUGCAGAAAAAACUUGUACAAACAUUCAUACCUAAGAUAUUUUUAUGUCAUUAUCAUACAAUCUUUGUAUACAGUGCCAGUAUUGUACAUUAAUGAAUUGAUAAGAUAAGGAACCAUGUACCUCGGUAAAUAUUUUAUAUAAUGUGACUAUUUUAUGUAUACGGAUAUGUUGUAUUUAUGUCUGAAUGUACAGAAGUAUGCAAAACGUGUAUACACUUUUUGCCUCGAGGAAGUGUACAACUAUGGUUGACAUUUCAUUCAUGAACAGCAACAACAUAGUUCAUCAAUUUUCUUCUACUCUUGUAUAAGAGGCCUUGUAAAUAUUGUUAUAUUCAUGUGCCAAAAUAUUCUCUUUUAUGUCAUGAUAGAUGACUUAUAAUAUAUGUAUUUUUAAACAGUAAUAUGAAUAUUGUGUACCGGUAUAAGUUACUUAUAAACCCCACCAUCUCUUUUUGUCUCACCGAGCUGAGGUAGAGAUGAAACUAAGGAAUCAAAAUGGUAUCCGUCCGUUGUCCAUCCUUCACAAAUGUUAAAGUUUACUUGCAAGACUCUCUUGUGACAAAUAACUCUGCAACCAUCAAUCAUAUUGUGACCAAGCUUAGGUCAGAGAUGCACUUUGGCACUAUGGUGCUGUCAAGGGUCACAGGCUAAGGUCAAAGGUCAUUUGAGGUUAUAUAUCAAAGUUUACAUGUAAGACUCUCUUGUAACUAAUAACUUUGCAACCGCUAAUCCCAUUGUGACCAAAUCAGUUUGCAAACAAUAGGUGACUAUUUUGCACUACAUAUUUUUGUCUACCAUCAAUCCAUUGCCACUUCAUACAUCUAUUCAUCUGAAUGUGUUGUCAUCAAAGCUUUAUUCUAGAUUAUUGUUCAGGUACAACCAGUCUGAACACCUUAUUUCCACCCCAGUAUUGCACAAGAUAAUAUACUUGCAAAAUACUUAUUUCCAAACACAAUCAUCCGGCAACUGUCAGUAAAAGAUAACUUUGCAUACAUUGUUCCAAGUGCAACCAAACUUGGGUCAGAGAUGCUUUUCAGGAACAUUCAUAUAAUGUGGUCACAGGUAGGCGACACAAUUCUGCGAUCGGCUUCUUUAGAAAAGUUUGCAAAAGUAAGUUAAGUAUGAUAGCAAUAGGUAGGACCAUUUCUGGGAAGAGUUCAUUUCAGAGGUUAUUAUUUGAAAAUUGUACUACAAAAAUUAUCAGCCUUAUAACUAGUUCCAUUUUGUGUGAAUCUUUCACACAAAGUUAUGUACCAUACUUUUUUUUAGAGCAAAGGAUAUCUUGGUAUAUCUUUGCUAAAUUUGUUUUCCUUUUUUUUCUGUCAAACUUUUCUAAAUUAAAAAAAAACUCAGCUCUUGAAAUCUAACUUGUUUAAUUUUUUUUUUUUUUGGUUCAAAUUCUGUAAAAAGCAGAGUUAAAUUUGACAACAUGUAUUAUCUUUUCAGGCAAGAUAUAUAUUCCUUGACGUUUGUUUUUCAUGUAUGCAUCCACCCUUUUGGAGAGAAUGAGUGUGUGUGUGUGUGUGUGUGUCUGUCUGUCUGUCUGUCGUGUGUGUCUGUUAUAUGUCUGAUGAAACAUUAGAUAUGUGUGCAAAUUAUAUAGAUAUGUCUUUUUGAAUUAUCUUUUGUAGACUAUGGGUCCUACAGCUUGUUUUAACAUGAGCAAACUGCCUAUAAUUUUACAAGUGGCCAUGAUUUUGUAUUCUAUUAGUGUACACCUUAAUAUGUGCCAAAGCCUCAGGAAAUUAUGUCAUUAUUUUGCUUUUCUUUACUAAAAUUAUUAUUGCAUAUGUUUGAAUACUUAUAAGAUGCUAUCUUAUUGAUAGAAUGCGUUUUUAUCUCUUAAAAUGCCAAUGAUGGGGAACUUAUUAAAGGUGAAACUGGUUAGCUGUUCAUCUUUAUAAUGGCAACUAUGUUAUUUUUCUACUGUUAAAAUGUAUUAUUUAAAGUUAUUACGGUAAUCUAAAGAGAAAAUACAUUGACAGGAAUUUCUCACAUCAGAUAAUUUAAAAUUUGUAUAUGAUAAUAGAAAAUGUUGUCAAUUUUACAAAUUCUUAUAUCAAAUGACUUGUGCAGCAAUUUUGUUCUUUCUAUUGAGCUUAUGAUUGCAAAUUUAAAGAGCCGAAACCAUAAAAUUUGUAAUUUUUGUUUAAUCAAUCGUUCAUUUUCAGGGGAAAAAUAUAAAAACAAAAUUUCUUAUAACUGAUGAGACACCCACUUUUACAAGGGAUUAUACUUGUUUAGAAAUUAUUUUGAAUAAUUUGCUUCAAAGAUGUAAGAAGAAAAUGCGAUUUGGUGUAAGGGCCAAGUUUAUUGUGCCUUAAAUUUUAUAUUUUGUAAAAAAAGGCUGGAUUGAGUGCCUUUAGAAAUGCAGCUCAAUUUUCUUUUUGUCAUUUAUAAAAGAUCUUGUCCUUUGUGGAUUGUGUGUGUUGUCCAUUAACCACCUUUAAAACUGUUUAAUUGGUGCUCCAGCUGUCUGAAGAUGCCUUGAUUAGACUUCUUUUUGCAAACUGGAAGGCAUACAUUUUGGGUCAAAUUGUUGCCAAAAUGCAAGUCUUCUAAAUUGCUGUAUUUUGUUGGAUAGUUGCCAAAAGUAUUUGAAACCAGUAGAUAAUUUUGUUUUGUUUUACUAUGCCACGUCACCUAAGGUGGUACCAAAGGCAUUGUAUUUUGGGUUGUCUAUCCCACUUUUUGUUACCAUGAUAACCUGGGAACCAUGAAAUGAACUUAAACUAAGCUUGGAUGGAGUAUGUAUGAGCAUGCAAUGAUGAUCUGUUUAGGGAGGUGUAUUCCACCAUCUCCCCCGGCCCUCACACCUGAAUCUCAUUGAACUACAUAAUUAUAUUCACAUAUCCACAAAGUAACAAUUUUGAGUUGUGUACAAUUCUGAAUAUUAAUUGGGGAAACUGUUAUUUUGGCAGCUCCUAGCUUUGUGAAUUUGACGCUGAACAUACAGUACCCUUCUGUCAACAGAUGCUUGAGACUCUAAGCAAUAAUGAAUUGUUAUUAAACGUUAAAGCAACUCCACAAGUGAUUUGUGCAUUCUUAAUUUUGAGAUACAUGUAUAAGACAUGUUACAUUGUAAGCGAUUGCUAAAUCUAUGAAACAACAGUCAAUUCAUUUAGCACAAUAUAUCAUCGAUAACUUAGUUCCAUAACUUGGUAAAUAUAUAUCAGUUUAAAGGAGUUUUGUUGUUGUCUUGUUACUAUUUCAACUACAGGUAUAUGUAAUACACUGCCAAAUGCCUUUUAUGUUCUUAAAUAUGUCAUAUAUGAGUUUGUAAAUUACCAUGUACAGAUGAUCUUGUGUGCAAGAUAUGCAAGAUAUAGAGACUUGGACAUUAUACAUUUAUAAUAUGACUGACUUAAAAUACUUCUAUAUGUAGUAUAUAAAAUUGUGGAUUUUUGUACUGACCUUGUGGCAAACCCAUAAAAAAAUCUUUUCAAAUUAUUUUGAUCAAAUCUUUGCCAAAAUGCAAGUCUUUUUAAUGGCUGUUUGUAGUAUAGAAAUAUAUUUGUCUACCUCAAUGAUUUUUUAGUAAAACUGAAACUAGAGGUAGAAGCACACCUUUACUCUGAACAAACGAGCUACAUAAUAAUUCUCACAUUAUUGCACUUAAAUUUAAUAUUGAAAAGGGAAACUUUGAUUGCAAUUACUAUCAGUAUUUUGAGAACUUGAUUUGCAUAUUUUUUUUGACAGCCGUCAGUAGCAGAUUUCAUGCCAUCAGUUAAAGAACCAGUCUGGCCCAUUUGCAAGUUUAAGUGAAUAAAUGGAGAAAAACAGAACAAAGCGGUUACAGUUCAUGAAAAUUGAAUGAUAAAGAAAGUUAUAGAAGCUUGAAAUUAUGCAUUUCAUACAACAGUGAUAUAGACUUGAUGAUAUCAUCCCCUUUUUUUCUCUUUAUGUUGUGUAUAUAAAUUGAACAAAAAUAUGUGCAAACUCCUCCUUACUAAAACUUAGUGUAAUGUCAAGGUCAAAUGGAUACAAGGCGUGUCCAAUCAAAAACUAUUUUAAACGAAAUUUCAUCAACAAAAUAUUUGGAAAAUAGUGAGGGGGUGACAUCAUCAACUCACUAAUUUGCUUUACACUUUUUCAUGAAAUUAUGUGAGAACUUUAGAAUUCCAUGACUUUCUUAUUUUUGUCCGAUUUUGAUGAAAUAACAUUCAAUGUUUUUUUUUCUUUUCUCUAUUUAUUCAAUUCAACUUGCAAAUGGGUCAGACUUGUCCUUUCUUUUCUAUGUACCUCUUUAUGGUUUAUUGUUGUUUGGCCUGUGUAGUGGAGCAAGAUUUCAUAUGUCACUAGUUCCGGCUUCGUUGUUGUUGUCAACAAUUAUGCUGUACUUGAAAUAACUUUCUAUAGCUUGGAGGUAGUAUCACCUAAUUCGUACCACAGGUACAUGUACAUCUCUUGAAGGCGCAGGUCAAGUUAAAAAUGUGUCAAAUCUUACCAAGGUCAAAGGUCAAUGAACUUUCCAUAAAAAACGCUGUACACAAAAUAAUGCGCACUUCCAUCACAUUAUCUACAUGUACAUGAACCUUGUCAAGAGGUUUGGGGGUCAUCGGAUGGGUCAAAUGUGAAACAUUUCACUUCAGGGAUAUUCAUAGAUCUUAUUUGUGCACAAUUGAAAAACCUUGGUUUCUCUCAUACCUGAAGAGUUAAGAGCUCUUAUUUUCCAGGGAUAAAGUGUAUGCAACAGUGCCUUAAUUGCUUAGUGUUAACUGCCAGAACCAAAUUCAGAUCCUGAAAUGUCAACAUUUUCAUAUGCGUAUUGUGUUCUCUCACGAGACGCAUACCUUGAUGUGUACCUUGCAUGUAUGUGUAUUUUCAUUUAAGAAUUAAAAGAUUUUUUUAAUUGAUAAGGAAAGUUGCCAUUUCUAUUUGUUGUAUGACAUGACAUUAUUAUAAGCCGGGUUUAACGUUAUGCUUUUUCUAACUGUGAGAAAACAUAUUCCACAUGGAGAUUAAGAAUAUGUAUUCAUGUUGUCCAGUUUCAUUUGUAUGUAGAAACUCAAUGGCUUUGUACAUGUAUUCAUUUAUUGAAACCUGUCAGAAGUAUUAUGAAUAAAAUUUUAUUGAAAAUAAAAUAAUGUGAGACUUUAUAAGUA